UUGACCACACCACGCGACAAGUACUGCGCCUCCUGCGCCACACCCCUCGAGCAGCGGGAAAUCUUUGGAACAGAACGCCCCGCAUGCCCGGAAUGCGGACGCGUGGUGUUUUACGACCCCAAGGUGGCAGCGGUCUGCGUCAUCGCCCGCGACGGCAAAGUGCUGAUGAUCCGCCGUGGCACUGAUCUCGGCUACGGUCUAUGGAGCCUGCCGGGCGGCUUCGUCGAUCGCGGCGAGGUCGUGGAGUCGGCAGCGGCCCGCGAAGCCUGGGAGGAGACGGGGCUCGAAGUUGCCGUCGACGGGCUGCUGGGGCUGUUCUCUUUGCCUGGCGACCCGGUCAUCGUCGCGGCUUUCACCGCACAGGAGACCGGUGGCACACUGGCGCCCGGACCCGAGGCGCUGGAGACGGAUUUCUUUCCCCUCGACGCACUCCCGGAACUGGCCUUCAGCCGCGACACGGAAAUUCUUGCCCUCUGGCGAGGAAUAGCCUCGAUCGAUUCCCAGGGAGACUAG